CAUUUCAAAUCGAUUCACACACAUAGCAGACGCUAACACAUCAAGCGUCAUCAAUAGCGUGGUCUAUGGUGCAAUGCUAUCACUGGAGUAAGGCGUUUAUCUUCUAUUCGGGUAGCGUCAUGAUUGGCCUACCCUGAUGGCGUCAUGAUCGCUGCUGAUUGCCUUUCAAAUAGGUUUUCAGCAUUCUGCUUACACCUUUGGCAUAGAGUCACAUAUUUCACAAUCCAACAUCAAUUGGUACCAACAGCAGCCCUUCUCUCCAUCAUCCAGAAGGGUCUGAGAUCAGUGUUGGAGAUGAUGGUUCGGAACAACCCAUGGAAAGCUUAUCACUCAUUGAUGCUGUGAUGCCUGAUGUUGUUGCAAGUCGUCAACAGCAAACCCAGAACAAACAGAAACCACAAGUGGUAAAGACAGAACCACCAAAUUCCAAUGGAGAUGAACCCAUGCAUUCCAAUCGCUGGGAAGAGGAAACAGGAGUAGAGAUACCUGCCAGCAAAUCUACUGUACUUCGUGGCCAUGAAUCUGAAGUUUUCAUCUGUCUGCGCCUGAACCCAACAACAUUCAGAAGGGUGGAACUGAAGUUCCGAGCAACAAAGAUGUCACCUCACUUGACUGGUAUUUGCUGGGAUAACUGAACAGAAGUUUUAAAGAAAGACAGAAACAAUUGACAAGGCAAAAGAUUGGGAACCUGAAUGCUAUUCAGGUAACUAGUGCCAAUACAUUUUAAACAUCAAUAAAAAUAAGAUAAUGUGUUCUAAAAUUCUUCGUCACGAAAAUAGUGCAGGCGAGAAGCUUAAAGCUGCACUUGAACAUACAGUGACGUCCUUAAGAAGCAUUGUAGAAGAAAUUCGUACUAAAGAAGAUACUAUACAAAAACUUCAAACGCAUAUCGAAUCUAUGCCACCUUCAGUACUAACAAGAACAUUUUAUACUCAAAGAAUACUGAGUAUCGUAGCCAACGUCAAGAAACAAAAUGAAGAAAUGCAUCGGGUGCUUGAAGAUGUAAAAAGUGUGCAGCGUGAAAUCAAUUCAAUACAGGGAAAAGUUGAGCGUACGUUUACCGUUACGGAUGAAAUUAUUUUUCGGAUGGCCAAAUCGGAUGAGACUGCCCGGCGUAUUUACAAGUAUUUGAUUUCAUUGCAAACUGAUUGCUCUGACAUCCAAAAAUUAGUGAAAGAAUCUGGCAACUUGUCACGAGAGAUAAAGGAUUUAGAAGAUCAAGCGGAGACCGAAUUACGUAAGAAUAUUGCUACCAAAAUUAGGCGACUGCAAAGUGACCUCGAAUAGAUACGGACGGAAAAUCAGAUUUUAGAAGAACGAGUCGGUACUAAAAUUUAAUUAUUCAUCUUAGUUUGUUUCCAGUCAGUCUCACUUUGUUCAAAUUAAAUUUUUCUCACUUCAAUAAAGUUUAACAUUCCAAUAUUCCAUCUCAUUAAGUGGCCAUUAAGUGGAUUGUACAUUAUACAACGCUACUAUAAUGCAUUGAUUGUAACCUUGUACUUCGUUUAAACAAUCAAGAAGCUACCAAAAAUUUAAUUCGUUACGAUGCAAGUUACUAACGACGAUAAGCUAAGCUAUUAAAUAAGCCAUAAAUCAGAUUUCCUUCGUAUUACGUUGGAAUUGUUGAAUUAAAUGAUUAAUUGUUCCAUGAAUGCAUUCUGCAUUGCCAACACUUUCUCCUUUGCUUCAACUAGAAAUCCUGAGAAAAAAGUGUAAAAAUUAAGUAAAGAAAUUACACGUUCCAGUAAAAAUA